AUGUCUUUCUACCCACCCGGCUGGGACUAUGACCGCCUCCUCAACGGUCCACCCGAUGACUUGCUAAGUCUCACAGAUGAACAACACAAAGCCUUGAUGAGCGGCCUCCGAGAGGCAGGCUUAUUCGAAGGGCUUCUCGCGAAAACAAGACAGCAGGACGCGGAAAAAAGAGCCGCAGAAGAAGCUGCCAAACCUCAGGAAGAACAGCUCGCCGAGCGCGAGCCCAGGGCGCCGUACAUCAGCCCGCUAAAGGUGCUCUUCCGCUGGCGCGAGCCGGAGGAGUGGUCAGACUGGGGGUAUGUGGUGUUUUGCGCGGGGCAGUACGGGGGUGAGCACGAGGAGCAAUGGGCCAAAUUCCGCCAGCGCUGGGAUUUGAUUUUCGAGCAAGAUUUUGCCGAGUAUCGCGGGUUCCAUCCCAAGUCUGAUCGCGCGAUUGAACUGUUCAAGUUUCGCUGGGUGGAGGACCCCACGCUUGAGAUGGCCGGUCCCAAGGAUAUUUCCCGUCGCUUCGAGGAGAUGAGGAAUGACCUUCCCCGAGCAUUUGCCACGACGGCAUGUUUGAUGGUGACUCCGGAGGUCAUCGACUCUGUUCUCGACUCACCCCUGCCGUCGUCGGCGCCCGAGCCCGAACGCCAGAUGCUUCCAUUUGCUAUUGCUGUGUCCGCGUGGGCUCACCGGGAACAGCCUGCGUCCUUCAAAGGCUACUUUAGAGUUGCAGUCGAGUCGCUGAUUCGCGGAUUCUACGCGAUUGUCGCCUUGGAUAUUAUGCAUCUUUCAGAACUAGUGGAACCCAUGAGAGAUGAUUAUGAUAUCUGGCUGGAUUCUGGUCGAGACGGUAUUCGGUAUCAUGAUGGCAUCCCAAACCCUCCGAAGAGACCAUGGGCUGCUCUCUUUGAAUUCGGGGAGGAAGGAGAUGGAGAUUUCGAAGGGGCUGACCCGGACAAUUGGGCCAUUUUUCUUGUGCAAGGCGUCAACGAAAUAAAUUCGCUAGCCGGAGAUGAUACCCGAAACCAAAAUCCAACCCGUGCGGUUGCGAUACACCAAAAUAUUGUAUUUGAAUCCUUUCAGCUUGGCCUCUCUCAUCAGAGAAAUUUUCCACUUCUCUGGGCCUUGCAUGGCGCGUUCAAAUUUGAAUUCUGGCUUGCGGGGAUUGCCAUGCUGUUUGCGAACCUCCUGCAAGUGAUGGCACCCUUGUUAUUGAGGUAUUUUCUCGUCAGUCUUUCAGACGAGUCGUCAUCCCACAGCAACUCCUUGAACUUUGUGGCCUUGCUCUUUACCACCCAGAUGGGGAUGAGCUUCGCUCUUGUACACUACCAUUAUCUGGGCGGAGUGGUCGGUAGCCAGGUGAAGGCUGUUCUUACUGCAAUGGUCUUUGAAAAGUCUUUGAAGCUCUCCAACAAUGAGAGUAAUGAGUGGACUGAUGGGAAGAUAUCAAACCUUAUUACAGUCGACUCGCAGCGUAUUCAGAGCGCUCUUCUAUAUGCCAACAUGAUUUGGAGCGAGCCAGUGGCCGUGGUCGUGGCAUUGACAAUCCUGUUCUAUAACCUGACCUGGAGUGCGCUGAGUGGUCUCUUACUCCUUGGAGUGGGUGCAAAAGGCUUGGAAUUCAGCAUGGGUUGGCUGAUGUCAAGACGGAUGGCAAUCAAUGCCGCGGUAGAUCUCAGAAUAUUGAGCCUUCUUGAAGGACUGCGCAAUAUGAAAUUCGUUAAGUUCCAUGCUUGGGAGCCAUACUUUCUGCGUCAAAUCUCUGAUGUCAGAGAGGCCGAGGUCCAGCAGCAACACAAGCUAUUAAGUCUUCAGAGCACGAUCAUGUCCCUAUCCACCUCGCUACCUUCAUAUGCGGCCAUGCUAUCUUUCAUUAUAUUCGCGACAAUCCAUGGCGGACUGACUGCCGCAGAGACAUUUUCCUCGCUAGCGCUGUUCAACUGUCUUCGCAAGCCUCUCAAUAUUUUGCCUAUGGUGCUUAGCCAGCUCAUCGAUGCAUGGGUAUCCCUACAGCGCAUUGAAUCAUUUUUAAUGGCGGAAGAUCAACAGAAGACAAUAGAGUGGGAUUUUAACGCCGCCAACGUCAUCGAAAUAACCAACGGAUACUUUUCCUGGAACUAUGCUGCUGAUGGCGAUAUUCCGUCUCCCACAAUUAACGAGGAGACCAGUCUGCUAUCCGUGCAUGAGGAAUCCAACAUGCCUGGCAGUAAGAUUUCCUCUUUAGCCCUAAUUAAUGUUAACUUGCAGGUCAAGCCAGGAGAGCUUAUCGCAGUUGCGGGGCCUGUAGGCGCAGGCAAGAGUGCCCUUCUUCUCGCUCUUGCCGGCCAGAUGAGUCAAACUCGAGGCCAUAUCGUACUAGGCGCUACACGAUCCUUCUGCUCCCAAGUGCCGUGGAUUGAAAGUGGAACAGUCCAGGAGAAUAUUCUGUUUGGAAAACCUCUACUACAGCCAUGGUAUGAUGAGGUGGUGGAGGCGUGCGCUUUGAAGCCAGAUCUCAAGACAUGGGAGUAUGGCGACGCUACCUACAUUGGUGAGCAGGGUAUUACACUGUCCGGCGGUCAGAAACAGCGUCUCAGUCUUGCGCGAACAAUAUACGCAGACACCGAUCUACUCCUUCUAGAUGAUCCUCUAUCGGCUGUGGAUGCGGAUGUUGGCCAGCACAUCUUCAACAAGGCCAUUCUUGGUUUAUUGCGUGGGAAAACCUGCAUUCUGGUGACCCACCAAAGGCACAUAAUCACCCAAUGCGAUCGUAUAUUAUGGCUCGAAAAGGGCCAUAUUAAGGCUUCUGAAAGCCUGUCCAAUCCAUCGUCUGGUGAUGAAAUGCUGUCGCAUUUGAUUCCUACCCAGGAGAAUUACCAGCAAAAAAACCCGAAGAAUGCAGAGCAUGGUGGAUUGAGCAAUGAAGACCAUGAAGCAGUACAUAGUACCCAAGAUCAAAACACGGUGAUAGACAGGGAGACUCAAAAGUCGGGCAGGGUGCACGGGUCUGUUUACAAAACGUACCUUUCUGCUUCGGGCUCGAUCUUCCAUUGGCCUAUUCUAUUCUUUUUAUUGAUUGUCUCGCAGAUAGCUGGAAUCUUCACUGGCGUUUGGCUAUCAUGGUGGGUGGAUAACACCUUGGGGUGGGAUAACCGUGCUUAUAUACUUGGCUGUAUCCUCUUUGGGGUAGCCCAUAGCGUUCUCGCGUGGGUGUAUCUCCGCCAGGCUUCAUUUACCGGCUUGCGAGCCAGUGACAAUCUGUUCAAGGCAGCUCUCCAGCGUGUCUUAUAUGCGCCUAUGUCAUUUCACACUGCUAAUCCUGCUGGCCGGCUGAUGAACCUGUUCUCCAGCGAUGUGAACCAGCUGGAUAAUGGUGUUAGUGGCUCAGUCCAGGCAUUCUUCCUGCUGGUUGGCAUUGCUUUCUCCACAUUCCUACUUAUAUCUGUCCAGUUUCCUCUGUUUGUAUUAUCAUUGCCAGUGAUUGCUUUGGUCGUAUCCUAUACUUCCGCCUAUUAUCGCGCUUCGAGACAAGAGCUGAAGCGCUUUGAGACUGUUUCGCGCUCUACUGUUGCAGGAAAUACCGUCGAGUGCAUUGCAGGCCGUCAGACGAUCCGAAGCUUUGGCGUCCAACAAAAUUUCCAAAGUCGAUUGGGUGUCGCCAUCGACGAAGCCAGCAACUUUUCAUAUCUGAUGUCAGCAAGCCAGCAGUGGCUUAAUCUUCGACUGGAUACACUGGGCAAUAUUCUCAUUCUGUUUGUCGGGGCUUUGAUUGUCAUGUCUGACAACUCCAUUCCAGCAAGUAUGUCUGGGUUGUUAAUGACUUACGCCCUGGCUGUUGUGCAAAUCAUCCCUGGCAUUGUAUCCCAAACUGCCGAGAUUGAGAACUCUUUUAUCACAGUCGAGAGAAUGAUACAUUAUGGCAAUGAAAUUCCGACAGAGAUGUCUGUCUUGGCUACUGUGCCACCGUCGACUUGGCCGGAAACAGGAACCAUAACCAUGAAGAAUGUCAGCCUACGCUAUCAAAGCAAUCAUCCUCAAGCACUGCAAGAUGUCAGUCUCACAAUCAAUGAUGGAGAAAAGGUCGGCAUUAUUGGACGCACCGGUGCAGGCAAAUCCUCAAUUGUAUCCGUCCUUUUCCGACUUUUCCCCCUAGAGCAUGGCUCGGUUGUCAUUGACAACAUGGACAUUGCAAAUUUGAAUCUUCAUUCCUUGAGAUCCAAACUAGCUAUCAUCCCCCAAGACCCCACCCUCUUCCAGGGCACGGUUCGAACAAACCUGGACCCCUCUGGAGAAUACCCAGAUGAUGUUCUCUGCAAUGCACUUCGCAAAACCAACCUUUAUCCGCAAGUGCACCUUGAUCGAGAAGUUCAGCCAGACGGCAAGAACUUUUCUCUGGGUGAGCGACAGUUGCUGGCGUUGGCACGUGUUUUGGUGCGAGAUCCUCGCAUCCUCGUCUGUGACGAGGCUACUUCUGCAGUCGAUCAAGACACGGAUCGAGCAGUACAGCAGACGUUGCUAGAUGCAUUUCAGCACCGAACAGUCAUAUGCAUUGCUCAUCGACUGCAAACGAUUAUACGUUAUGACCGAAUCUGCAUGGUAGAUCAAGGCAAAGUUGUUGAUUUCCAGAGUCCACUUAGAUUGUUCGAUACAAAUGCCGAGUUCCGCCAGAUGUGUGAGCUCAAUCACAUCACCCGCAAGGACAUUGUUUAG